CUUGAUGCUGCAAGAUGCUCUACGAAAGAACGCCCGAGUGGGCGGGACACUCCCUCCCAAACCGCGACCAAGUACAGACUUCUUGAGCCUGCGUGCUCGUGUGCAGGCUAUUGUCAGCGCCGUCAUCAUCGCUGGCGUGCUGGUACUAUGGAAAUCCCCUACAUCCAGUCUCCCUGCAACAUACGCUCUAUGCUCGAAAGCAAAUCAAAUCUACACGGUGGAACUGGAUCGGCCAACGGUCGAAUGUGUGGUCGUGGAUGGAUCGUUCAUCGCUGACAUGGGUUCAAGACAGGAGAUAACAGAACGGUGGGGAGACAAGCAUAAGACUGGGCCGAUAUUUGGAGCGCCCACUUCGACCGCAAAAACCGGGUUGGUCUUCAAGUCGCUACACCAGAACCACGCUCUAGUUCCAGGCCUCUCCGACAGUCAUGCGCACAUCCUAGAUUAUGGGAAGACGAUGCAGCUACCGUUGGCCGGCUCGCAGUCAGUAGAAGAGGUUGUCAAACGCACUCGAGAGUAUGUUCUACGACACCCCGAAGUGCUGAACGACACAUCCGUUUGGAUACAAGGAGGAGGGUGGGAUCAGACAUUAUGGGAGGGUGGAGAGUUUCCGUCAUGGCAAGAUCUUGAUGCGGAUCCAGUGCUUAAAGGUCGACCAAUUGUGCUUGACCGCAUCGACGUACACGCAUAUUGGGUAUCAUCACGAGUUCUUGAGAUUCUAAACCCUCUGCCUGCCGUGGUUGACGGCGGGCUCAUCGUCCGGGACGAAAGCGGACAACCAACUGGUGUUUUCGUGGACAAUGCAAGACAGUUCGUCGCUGCCAAACGACCCCCUGACAGCGAGGUACAGCUGUUCACGUACUACAAGACUACCAUGCGAGACGCUGUUGAGCAUGGCUUAACACAUAUCCAAGAUGCGGCGACAUAUCCGAACUAUGUCGAUUUCUUCGUCAGAAUGGCGGAUAAAGACAUGAUUCCUAUACGCAUUACUCUGAUGGCCCAUAUUGAUGGUGAUGAUUACUGGGGAAGGAACUUCACAAAACUUCUCGGAUACGCCGAUAACCGGCUUAACAUGAGAAGCGUCAAACUCUUCAUGGAUGGUGCGCUGGGAUCAUGGGGUGCGGCCAUGAUAGAACCGUAUUCAGACAAGCCCAACGAAAAUGGGCUCCUCUUGAGUCCCCCUGAAGCGAUGUCAAACCUAAUCACGCAGUUUAUCAAAGAUGACUGGCAAGUGGAUGUCCAUUGUAUAGGUGAUCGAGCAAACCGCAUUGUACUCGAUACGUUCGAGACCGCAUUGAGUGGUCUAGAAGGCCCAGAUCGUCGACCACGCAUCGAACAUGCGCAAAUACUAACCCAAGAGGAUAUUCAGCGGUUCAGCAAGCUGGGCGUGAUCGCCAGUAUGCAACCUACUCAUGCCACAAGCGACAUGGGCUACGCAGAGUUGCGCUUAGGUCCCGAACGCAUCAAAGGCGCCUACGCAUGGCGUACACUGCUUGAUAGCGGCGCAGAGUUGGCGAUAGGAUCGGAUUUCCCAGUGGAAGGUAUCAACCCCCUACUUGGGUUUUACGCUGCCGUAUCGCGACUCCGGCCAGAUGGCACAUCCCCUCAUGGGCCUGAGGGUUGGUUCCCGGAGGAAAAACUUACUCGACAAGAAGCGCUACACGGAAUGACACUCGGCGCAGCAUAUGCUGCAUUCCAGGAUGAAGAGCUAGGGUCGAUCAAGGUCGGGAAACGGGCCGAUCUGGUUCUGCUUGACCGAGAUAUCAUGAAAGUCCCACAGGUAGAAAUCCUGAAGACGAAGGUCAAAGCAACCAUCAUCGAUGGGAAGAUUGCGUAUGGGAGGGUGUGA